UUUUUUUUUAUGAAAUUAACUACAAAACACUUUUUUUUUUUUGUAAUAUUGGAGCAAACAUAUCCUGUGCCUACGUACAACCCCCAACAUAAUGAUCAAGAAUGGCCAGUGGUAAAGAGAUAACAAAAGGUGCAGGCCACACUUACUGCUAUUCAAAAUUUACAGGUGAAAACAUUUAAUAACCUUCAACCACCGCUAGUAAAUUUCCCUUUAUAAUUACCCCCACAGCCAAGUUUUUGUGAAUCCCAUUUCCACUUUCACUUUCCACUUCCUCUUUCUCACAAGCGACACAGAAAAUCUAACGUAUGAGUAUGGGUUGCUUAUUAUGGGUACUGUUGGCAACUGCAAUGACGUUGUUAAGUGGUGGGAAUCAUGUAGUCUGUGGACAAGAUUACGGCCAAGAUGGUGGUGGCGUUUUUGACGCAGCGGCGCCGGAGGCAGCAGCGGCAGCAGCAGCUACAGAAAUGGUGCCGGCAAUGUUCAUAUUUGGAGACUCACUCAUUGACAAUGGAAACAACAACGACUUGGCUUCUUUAGCUAAAGCCAAUUAUUUCCCUUAUGGCAUUGACUUUAAUGGAGGUCCUACAGGCCGAUUCUCUAACGGUUUCACCAUGGUUGAUGCUAUAGCGGAACUACUGGGAUUGCCACUUAUACCAGCCUAUUCGCAAGCUUCGAGUUCCGCAGAUCAAAUGCUUCAUGGUGUCAAUUUCGCAUCUGCUGCCGCUGGAAUUCUCGACAUCACAGGCCGAAAUUUUGUGGGUAGAAUCCCGUUCAAUCAACAGAUAAAGAACUUCGAAAAUAGUUUGGAUCAAAUAAGUAAUGCAUUGGGUAGAGCAAAUCUUGGUCAGGCUCUCUCUCGUUGCAUUUUCUUUGUAGGAAUGGGAAGUAAUGACUAUUUAAACAACUAUCUCAUGCCCAAUUACCCUACUCGAAACCAGUACGAUGGCAACCAAUAUGCUGAUCUUUUGUCCGAAGAAUACACCAUUCAACUUCGUCAACUUUACAAUCUUGGAGCUCGGAAGUUUGUUCUAGCGGGGCUAGGGUUGAUGGGUUGUAUUCCUAGCAUCUUAGCGCAAGGUACUACAGGAAGAUGCUCCGAUGAAGUAAACCAGCUUGUCCUACCUUUCAAUGCAAACAUGAAGACCAUGAUCAACAACCUAAGCGCAAAUCUUCCUGGUUCUAGAUUCGUUUUCAUCGACGUUCAUAACAUGUUCCAAGAUAUUCUAGCAAACGCUAGAUCUUAUGGUUUUCGAGUGGUGAAUAGGGGAUGUUGUGGGAUAGGGAGAAACAGAGGGCAGAUAACAUGUUUACCAUUUCAAACACCAUGUCCGAAUAGGAACGAGUAUGUGUUUUGGGAUGCGUUCCAUCCAACAGAAGCAGUGAAUGUGUUGAUGGGGAGGAAGGCUUUCAGUGGUGGUACUGAUGUUGUUUAUCCAAUCAACAUUCAACAACUGGCGAAUCUGUAGUACUGUUCAACGCGUCUAUGUCCACCUAAUUAACUAUGAAGAAAUCUGUGUUUCUUUGUGUUUUUCGUGAGAUGGAUGAUCUCUAGGCUAUGAUCAAGAUGUGAUUUAAAUAUAUUCGCCUUCAUUUUAACCUUAUUUACACUUUACAAUGUCGAACCUUAAUAUACUUUACAAAUUAUUAGUGCGAUGAAAGCUCCAAUAUGGAAAGCGAAAUUUUACACCAAAAGUUGGGCUGAUUGGGUUUUUAGAAACAGGGACUGAUUUCGUAUCUGCGUGUGUGUUUUCAAGUCAUCAACAAAGAAAAAAGAGGAAAAAUAUUGGACCAAAUGCUUGAUGUUUUUAGCAAAUAAUUACAAGGAAACAGGUCAUAAAUUACAAUGCUAAAUUAGCUAUAUUCUACUCCUAUUUACUUUGGAGACUGACGAAUGUCAUAUUCUACUCUUAUUUAUAACAAAAUACCUAAACCCCCAUAUAACCCACUACCCUAAAUCAAGGAGAUAGUGAGGAGGUUACAAAACAUAUGAGCUUGGAGACUAAGCAAUCAACAAAC